AUAUCCUGUCAGAAACUGUCGAGUCGUAAAAAAAGCGGUUCGGUGUAGUACAAAUAAUCGAAAAAUUCCAAAUAUCUUUAGAUAUAAUGUGAGUUCUUCAAAAAUGGACAUACUUGAAGCGAUUGCACGCUUUGCAAAUAUCAGCUAGUUUUCGAAUGUUUCCCUGGAUUUUGUCAAACAGAAAAAAUUUACAACAUAAUGGCAACUCACAAGACAGGUGGGCAAAGUGCCCGAAAGAAAGUGCAGGUUUCGAUGGUUGUAAGAGACGAAAUAGAAAGGAGGCACAGAGCUGGUGUGAAUUCCCUUCAAUAUGACCCUAUCUUGCACAGGUUAUAUUCAGCAGGCAGGGACAGUAUUAUUAGGAUGUGGAACUGCGCAAAUAUUAAUGAUCCCUACAUUCAAUCACUGGAACAUCAUACAGACUGGGUCAAUGAUAUUGUUUUAUGUUGUGGAGGCAAAAAUCUCAUAUCUGCAAGUUCAGAUACUACAGUUAAAGUGUGGAGUGCGCAUAAAGGAUUUUGCAUGUCCACGUUGAGAACCCACAAAGAUUAUGUUAAGUCAUUAGCCUAUGCAAAGGAUAAAGAACAAGUGGCGAGUGCAGGUUUGGAUAGAGCAAUUUUUCUAUGGGACGUAAACACGCUCACAGCUUUAACAGCGAGCAAUAAUACCGUAACGACAUCUUCCCUUUCCGGAAACAAGGAUUCCAUAUACAGUUUGGCUAUGAACCCUUCUGGGUCAGUAAUAGUAAGUGGAAGCACUGAAAAGGUACUACGGGUUUGGGAUCCUAGAACUUGUAUGAAACAAAUGAAGUUAAGAGGUCACACGGACAAUAUAAAGGCAUUAGUUUUGAACAAAGAAGGUACUCAGUGUUUAUCUGCCAGUUCCGACGGCACUAUUAAAUUGUGGUCUAUCGGACAACAGCGUUGUGUGCAAACAAUCAAAGUGCACAGUGAAGGAGUUUGGGCAUUAUUGGUGAAUGAUACAUUCAGUCAUGUUAUAUCGGGUGGUAGGGAUAAAAAGAUAAUAAUGACAGAACUGAAGAAUCCACAACGGUAUACUCUGAUCUGUGAAGAAAAUGCUCCUAUCUUAAAAAUGGUGAUGACUCCCGACCAAUCCAGUAUUUGGGUGGCAACUAGUGAAUCUACAAUUAACAAUUACAGUAUAUCCUUUCGAGGGGAUCAAUGUGGAGAUUAUUGUGUGGACAGCAUUGGAAAUGCAGUAGGAGGAAUGAUACCACAGAAUACGGAACCAGUACAGAGUAUAUUGGGCGGACCAGCAAUAAGAUAUUGUUAUAUACUAAACGAUAGGCGGCAUGUUUUAUCAAAAGACACAGAAGAAAAUGUAGCAUUGUACGAUGUACUAAAAGCUUGCAAAGUUGAGGACCUAGGACAUGUUGAUUUUGAUCAAGAAGUAAAAAAUAGGAACAAAACCGUUUAUGUCCCGAAUUGGUUCAGCGUUGAUUUAAAGACUGGGAUGUUAACUAUCCACUUGGGUCAAGACGAAAACGACUGUUUCUCUGCAUGGGUAUCAGCAAAAGAAACUGGUUUAGCCGAAGAUGAUGCAGUAGAUCAGAAAGUUAAUUACGGAAAUCUACUUCUUCAAGCUCUUUUGGAACACUGGUGGAGGCCUUUACAUGCCGAAGAUGAAAAUGAAACCAAUAGCAAUGAUGGCAAUGUUCCAAGGCAUACAAGAGGUGGUAAUCCAUACUUUUCGGUACCUGGCCACACACCCGUUAUUUUUAGUGAAGUAGGAGGUAGAACUUUGUACAGGUUGCUUGUGCAAGAUGCUGGAGGGGAAACAGAGGGCGUACUAUUAAAUGACACUGUACCACCUUGGGUCAGAGACAUCGUAGUUGAUAAAAAUUUACCAAAAUUCAUUAAAAUUCCGUUUUACCUUCUGCCGCAUUCCACGUCUGGUGUUAAAAGUUUAAAGAAAGAUCGCCUAAUUGCCAAUGAUUUUAUUCAAAUUCGAAAAGUUGCCGAGCAUGUAUACGACAAAGUUUUAGGGGCUGGAAGUGACUCGGGUUCAGUAGCAGGUGGUAAUACUGUUUCUAGUGGAUCUCCUGCUGGUGAUCGAGCAAAUACAGAUUCUAAUGCUGAUAACUCUUCUUUGGCGGAGGAUAAAGUGGAAUUACUGUGCAAUGAUCAACUCUUGGAUCCAUCGAUGGACUUGAGAACAGUAAAGCAUUUUAUUUGGAAAAUCUCAACGGAUUUGAUGCUGCACUAUCGACCAGUCAAGUAAACUGAAUUUUGUUCAUGGUCCCUGAAAAAGUGUUCCUGAUUCUUUACGGUGACAAAGUAGGUGAUUAUUCCUAACUGUAUUUCAUAUACGCAUAAAAAACCCAAAUCAACGGAACUGUUGUACGAAUAAGCUGUGAAAUGAAGCAAAGUUAGUGAAAGUCUUCGCCAAAAUCUCGUUUUUAAAACAGAUUCUUUUCUUAAUUUAUUUUUUAAAAAUGAUCAAAAAUAUAAAUAUUAUAUAGUAGAAUCUUUGGAGUAGCAAUAAAAUCAUAUUCUACUAAUUAGAAUAUAAUGAAAAGAAAACCACAGCAAAUCAACAGUGAAAUUACUCAGUUUUAGCGUGAAUACCUGAUUUUUUUAUAAGUGCGUUAAUAGUUACUGCGCCUCCCACCAGAGGCGUGACCUCAGUUUAUAAGAGUGUCAGAAUGCGAGUGAUGAUGACGGAAGGUUAAAAUGACUCGAGAGAGCUCAAAAUUGUUUGAUAUGUUUGAUAAAAUCAAGAACAACUUAUUGAAUUUGUGUGAAUACAAUUUUAUUCGUUUAGAACGUCAACGUGUACAUAGAAAUUAAUACGAUGCUAGCUUUAUUAAGUUGUUACUCCCUUUUCUUCGUGCCAUCGAGUCUCAUAUUGUAAAAUAAAUUUUCAUAAUUUAAAA